CGAACUGCAGUAAUCACAUUAACGACGUAUAGAUUACCUGAAGUGUGCCUCUGUAAAGUCAGCGCUCACAUGCGUUGAACAUGCUCGCUGACAGUGGUUUUAUUUUGAAAGGCUCGCUGGGAUGUGCCACGUGAUUUCUCGCGAGCUUCACACCGGUGAGCGCCUCUGAAAGUGAUGAAAAAAAACCCUGGCCACUGCCACCGGACACCAGAGGAUCCUGUGUGAGCGCAGUGUGGAGCAGCAGCCAGGAUGAUCCCAGUGGGUGAAUUCAGAUCCCUCGGCACAGAGCCAAACUCGAAGUAUAGGGUCCUGAAACCAUGGUGGGAUGUUUUCACAGAGUAUCUGUGCAUUGCUAUGCUCAUGAUUGGAGUCUUUGGAUGCACCUUGCAGCUCACCCAAGACAAGAUUGCAUGCCUGCCAAGCCACUUCACCAGUCCAACACCAAAAGCAAUUGACUGCAGCAACAUCAGCGGUUAUGGGGACAAUGAGAAGUUGCAGCACACACUGGUGACCCCGGCGAGCCCCAUCAUAGUGGAGGUGUUUGGGCGGAAGAACAAUCUGGACAUUCAUCAAUACGUGUUUGUCAACAACUAUUGCUAUGAGAGGUCUGUCCACUGGUAUGCAAAGUACUUUCCGUACCUUGUGGUUAUCCACACCAUAAUCUUCAUGGUAACAAGCAGCUUCUGGUUCAAGUUUCCUGGGACAUCUUCUAAAAUUGAUCUCUUUGUCAACAUUCUUGAGAAGUGCUUUGACUCACCCUGGACCACAAGAGCCCUGAGUGAAGUUUCCGAGGAAAGAGGCGAGGAGAAGCUAGUCAACUGGAGGAGGAACACUAUGACUAAAGGCUCCACAGAGCGACAAAUGGAUGAAGAGGAGACUGUGGGCCUCCUUCGCUCCUGCUCUGUGAAGUCUAAUCAAGAAAAGAAAAGUGCAGAACCGAAGUCUACCCCCUCUUUGUUGGAUAAGAAGGAAGGAGAGCAAGCCAAAGCUCUGUUUGAAAAGGUGAAGAAGCUCCGAACUCAUGUGGAGGAAAAAGACAUUUUGUACCACAUGUACGUGCUGCAAACUUCAGUAAAGGUCAUCCAUUUUCUUUUGAUUAUUAUUUACACCGCAUUGCUGGUACCUAACAUUGAGAUAGUUGUGCAGUGUUUGGUUCCGCCUGAGCUGACUGGUUUUGAUAUCUAUUGCUGUAACCACAACAAAGCACAUCUUUUCUCCAAGCUUGCCUACUGCUAUAUCUGCUUUGUGGCCGUAUUUGGACUUCUGCGUAUCUAUACCCUCUACUGGCUUUUCCAUCGACCUCUAAAGGAGUACUACUUUGAGCAUGUCAGACUGGAGACCGGAAUUAAUGACAUACCUGAUGUGAAGAAUGAUUUUGCCUUCCUCCUGCAUCUUGUGGACCAAUAUGAUGCUCUUUAUUCUAAAAGGUUUGCUGUCUUUCUUUCUGAAGUCAGUGAGAGCCGCCUCCAUCAGCUUAAUCUAAACUACGAGUGGACUGACAAAAAGUUGCGCACGCGUCUAGCCAGGAACACCAGAAACCGUCUGGAGCUACACCUGUUAAUGUUACCGGGGCUUCCAGACACCGUUUUUGAGAUUCCCGAACUGGAAUCACUCAAACUCGAGCAGAUGAAGAAUGUCACCAUACCGGCUAGUAUAGCAAAGCUAGAGUCUCUCCAGGAGUUAUCAAUGGUCUACUGCCCUGCAAAGCUCCAAGUUGCUGCCCUAAACCACCUGAGAGAACAUUUAAAGAUUCUAUAUCUAACCUUUGAGCAUUUAGAAGAGGUUCCUGUGUGGAUGUACACGUUACACUGCCUGGAAGAGCUCCACCUGGAAGGUCCUUUAACCAACGAGGUGUCCAAAAGUCCCAUUCUGGAUUCCUUUAAAGAGCUUAGAGCUUUGAGGGUCCUCACUUUUCGCUCCAAACUUACAAAGAUCCCCUCCAGCAUAGCAGAUGUUGUGUUCCAGUUGCAGCGCUUGCGUAUCUACAAUGAAAGUGUCAGGGUCCAGGCUUUUAGCAUCCUGAAGAAGUUAACCAACUUAGUUUCACUGGCAUUAGUGGGCUGUGAGUUGGAGCGCAUCCCGAGUGCUGUCUUCAGCCUGAGCAAUCUGCAGGAGCUGGACCUGAGGGAAAACAAACUCACUACUGUGGAGGAGAUCCUAAGCUUACAGCACUGCAGGCAUUUAGUGACACUUCGGCUAUGGCACAAUAAAAUCUCAUACAUCCCUGAACAUAUAUCUAAGCUGCAUACCUUGGAGACACUGGACGUUAGCUGGAACAAGCUAGGGAAGCUUCCCUCUCGGCUCUUCUACUGCACCAAACUCCGGCACCUCGACAUCUCUCACAAUCAACUCACCUCUCUCCCUUCUGAAGUGAACAUCCUGCAGGGCCUGCAGUUCUUCUCCGCAGCUUUCAACUCCUUAGAGACAGUGCCAGAAGAGCUGUUCUCCUGUAAAAGGCUAAAAACGCUGAUUCUUGGUAACAACCGCCUUUCACACCUCAGCUCAAAAGUAGCCAACCUUGCCCAGCUGGUCCGGCUGGAUAUUAAAGGAAACCGUCUGGAGUACUUACCUCAGGAGAUAGGGGACUGUCCCCUGCUGAGUGGGCUGAUAGUAGAAGAUAGCCUGCUGGAUCAACUGCCAUCAGAUGUAAGAAGCAAGUUAAAUAAAAGCUGAGUGUGUGGAGCUAAGGUUCGUCACAUACUUGUGUUUUCUAAUUGAAGAGUGGUGGGUGAGCUUGAAAAAACACUAUUGACCCGAAUAUUUUUGAGAGAGAAGGAAAAGGAAAACCCAAACCACAGCUGACCACUAAAAGACAACCAGUAACUCUAUAGCUGUAGACUUUCAUAGGACUGACCUAAAGAGGUGCUUGUGAGAACACAAAGGUCUAACACAGUUGGGUCAGACGGUCUUUAAUCUACCAGGUGCCUACCACGAAGACCAUGUGAUGUCAAAUUGUGCCAUAUGCAAACUGCAUACAUGGUGUAUUAAGUGGACAUGAUGAAGGCUGCCUCCCGCACGCUUUCUCCAGGCAGCUUAAACCACACAGUGUAUUUCCAGUAGUGAAAACACAUCUGUGGACAAGUGUGGAAAUCCUAAUUGUCCCAGUUUUGCAUAUCCAUUAAAAAAAGAUUUAAAGACUCUAUUUAAAAGCAGUCAUAACAAAAUGAUUCAUAUUUUUUGAUUUUCACAUUUGAAAAUGAUUUUUAUGUGUUGUCCUGAAAAUAGCAUCUUUUUUUGGUACAACUAUAUUUUAUUAAGUUAAAAUGUGUAAAAAAAACUACAUUUAAUUUUUACAAAACUUGAUUUUUACUUCAAUCGAUGACACAGAAAUGUAAAGUGGAACAAAAACAGUGUUGUAAUUCAAGAUCAGAUUAAUUAUACUGUAUGUGGGGAUGAAAUAAGAGCUAUAAGUACUUUACAGAAAUAAAACCGAACAAGCCUUAACAUUCAAAUGUUUUGGGACUGCACCUCCGUUUGUUUACUAAAGACUUUUGAACUGUAUCCUGCUUGACGGGUUUACACAGCGUGAAUAUGCAUUUCUUACUGUGUGGUGGUUCAUGUCGCUCUGUUUCAGUUUCAAAACACGUGGAGGGAGAAAAAGCCUUUCAGUAGCUGGAUAAAAGGUGUUCAUAUCUCUGUUUACACAUUCAGUCAAAUGGAGAAGUGAAUGAAUUCAUACUGGGGUGGUGUGAAUAAGGUAAAGGUUCACUCUAUACAACAUUGACUGUGCAUGACAUGAGUGCCAGCAGUAAUGGCUGCUGUUUCCACUAAUGUUUCAGCAUAAUACAGGUGAUAAGUUUAGGUGAUGUCCAGGCAGCAGAAUUUAAAAAGCUCUGGCACGUAAUAUGCAACUAUUGAAACUUGCUAACUUGGAUGACUAGGCUGAGCUGUUUAAAUGCUUCAGACUGGAUAUAUUAUUACUUGAAAUCUUGUUUCUCCUUCUUUUUAAAAAAUUUCAAACAUCCUUUAUACAAAUUUUAGAUGCAUGGAUUUUUUCCUUCACCAUUAUUUCCUCCAUUCACAUUUCAUGUUGAGACACACAUAAAACUGGUGCUUCUUGGCAACAGCUUCCACUGUUCAUAUGAACUGCAGUCGGUCAUGUUCUGGCUUGUGUGACUUGUUAAUAUGUUCAUGUCUAUCAGCACACUUACUUGCCCUUGAUUCAAGGAUUACUGUGUGUGCUAUUUUCUGUCACAUUUAAGAAUUGAGACGUUUUUAAGGCGAAUUUAGCGCUUGUUAUGAAGGGAAAUAAGCUGCACAGUAGGAAGUAAAUGAUUUGUCAAUAAUUUCUCUAUUUUUUUAACCCUUUCACGUAUAGCAGUCACUACAGUGGACAGCUAUUCAAAGGCUGUUUCUUGUAUUUGUGUCAGUGUUGAUGGUAUACACAUAAACCAUUACAUUGGACAGUGAUGUGUCAGUCCAUACACAUCAGUUGUCCACCUAAGUGGACAUGUAAAAAACUCUUUGAA